AUGUCAUUACUUUUGUUGGUUUCGAUACUCUCUUUGACAGUUGAGCGCACAAGAGCACAGAAUACUACUUCUAGUCCAGCAGUGGCUUUCUCCCAACUAACGCCCUCCACAAAUCUCACUUGGACUCCUUGUCUUGGCACCUUCGAGUGCGCUCUGUUCGAUAUACCUGCGACCACGACACCUUACAAAGGCAUGGUUUUAACCAACCCAGGAGGACCAGGCGACUCUGCCAUCGACGAUUUGAUCCAAAACGGAGCAUACGAAGCCUCAACCGUAGGCUCGAACUAUGACUUUGUAGCUUUCGAGCCACGCGGUAUCGGAUACAGCACUCCUGCUACGAAUUGUACCUUCAACAUCACUCCCAUACCAGGCAUUCAACAACGAUCUCUGAGUCGACGUUCGAGUCAAUCCACACAGCUCCAUGGCCCUUACCUCGGCAGUACAUUCUGGAACGAUGAUUACGAGGGUGCUAUUGAAGUAGGACAAGUCUGCGAAGAUUUGACAGGUGGAUACACCGAUGCCGGUCCAUAUAUGUCGACCCCAUACCUGGUGCACGAUAUGAUCAGUAUCGUCGAUGCAUUUGCCUCCAGUCCUCUGUCCGAAGGAGUCGAAGACCCAUCUCUGGUUAAUUUCUGGGGUUUCAGUUACGGCACCUUCGUCGCGCAGACUUUUGCUUCGAUGUAUCCUGAUCGAGUGGGACGAUUCGUCAUCGAUGGUGUUGUUGACCCGGAUGACUACCGAUCCGGAAACCUGCUGACCAACUUGCAAUUUACCGAUGAAGCAUUCUCGUCAUAUUUUGUUUACUGCCAUCUAGCAGGUCCGACCGUGUGUCCUUACGCUGCUGGAUCCAGCGCGUUUGAUAUCUUCGAGAGAUUCGAGCAAACAGUGGAGCGACUCGAUGUUGUGACAGCAGAAAAAGAGGCAUUGGAGGAAAUCAAACAGUUCGCUCAUAACAUUGCUUAUGAGCCGAUUCUCGGCUUCCCUGAUCUGGCUCCUAUUUUGCUCUUCAUGGACACCGCUUCGCAGAACAUCUCAAUGGAUAGUAUUCAGCAACUCGAGACUCUGCUUGGGCAAAACAUCACGAUUGGGAUUGGAGGACUUGAAUGGCUGAGAGCUGUGGCUUGUACGGAUAAUGGGAAUACGGUGUACAAUUACACAUUGGAUGAAUUGUCGUAUAUCAAAGGGAUAAUGGAAGCACAAAGUUAUGUUGGUGGGGAAUUCUGGGCGAAUUUGAGAGUUGAAUGUUCGGGGUGGAGCAUUGUUGGGAAUGGGAGGUAUACUGGUGCAUUUGGUGGAACAACGAAAACUCCAAUGCUUUUCGUAAGCAACACGAUUGAUCCUGCAACACCAUUCCCGAAUGGUAUCAAAGGGACCAAGAUCUUCCCUGGAGCGGAGAUUGUCCUUAUUGACGGUGCAGGGCACACCACAUUAGGGCCCUUGAACAAAUGUGGAAACUCGAAAAUCAAUGCUUACUUCCAGAAUGGAACACUCCCCGGAGACGACAACUUCUGUUCAUUAGAACAGGGACCUUUCAAU